GGCGGGCCGGGGGUGAGCGGAGCGGGGCGGAGCGGAACGGGACCGCGCCGGAGCGAGCCGAGCCGUGCCGAUCUGUCCGAGCCGUGCCGCAGGGGAGUUGAGCAGCUGAGCACCAGCCAGGAGAGGACAAGAUGAUGGGGGGCAAAAUGACCAGCGUUGGGAGGAAGCUGCUCCGGCGGCGCGUGGUGGACCUGAGCUCUGAGGACACGCGCUUCGCUCGCUGCCUCUCCACGCUGGACCUCAUUGCCCUGGGGGUGGGCAGCACCCUGGGGGCCGGUGUGUACGUGCUGGCUGGGGAGGUGGCCAAGGAGAUGGCUGGUCCCUCCAUUGUCCUCUGCUUCCUGGUAGCUGCUCUCUCAUCUGUACUGGCUGGGCUCUGCUACGCAGAGUUUGGGGCCCGCGUGCCCAAGACCGGCUCUGCCUACCUCUACAGCUAUGUCACUGUGGGCGAGAUCUGGGCUUUCACAACCGGCUGGAACCUCAUCCUCUCCUAUGUGAUAGGCACAGCCAGCGUGGCUCGAGCCUGGAGCGCGGCGUUCGACAACAUCAUUGGCAACCACAUCUCUGCCUUCUUUGUGAACAAGACCACCCUGCACGUGCCGGGGGUGCUGGCCGAGCGCCCGGACUUCUUCGCCGUCAUCCUGAUCGGGCUGCUCACCGCGCUGCUGGCCUUUGGCGUCAGCGAAUCUGCCCUCAUCAAUAAGAUCUUCACGGCAGUCAACUUGCUGGUGCUGGGCUUUGUCAUCAUCGCCGGCUUCGUGAAGGGGGACGUCAAGAACUGGCAGCUCUCGGAGGAGGACUACAGCAACCUCUCACACCUUCACCUGGUGGAUGACAGGAAGAAAGCCUUUGGCUCCGGCGGAUUUGUCCCCUUUGGACUGGAAGGGAUCCUGACCGGUGCAGCCACCUGUUUCUAUGCCUUUGUAGGCUUUGACUGCAUUGCCACCACAGGGGAGGAAGCCAGGAACCCACAGCGCUCAAUCCCCAUUGGCAUCAUCGUGUCCCUCCUCAUCUGCUUCGUGGCUUAUUUCGGGGUCUCUGCAGCCCUGACCCUCAUGGUUCCCUACUUCCUCCUGAACAAGGAGAGCCCCCUGCCCGAGGCUUUCAAGGCAGUGGGCUGGGAGCCUGCUCGCUACGCCGUUGCUGUUGGCUCUCUCUGUGCCCUCUCCACCAGCUUGCUGGGCUCCAUGUUCCCCAUGCCCCGUGUGAUCUAUGCCAUGGCAGAGGAUGGGCUGCUCUUCAAGUUCCUCUCCAGCAUCAACAGCCGCACAAAGACUCCUCUGUCGGCCACCAUCACCUCGGGGCUCCUGGCGGCGGUGAUGGCCUUCCUGUUUGACCUGAAGGACCUGGUGGACCUCAUGUCGAUUGGCACACUGCUGGCCUACUCGCUGGUGGCAGUGUGUGUGCUCAUUCUCCGGUACCAGUCUGGGCAGCUGAACUCCCCAAAGGCUAUGGAGAUGCUGGAGAUGAACGGGAAUGAGGAGGAGAGGGUGGUCAUGAACCCGACUGCCAGCACUGCCAGCAGCCAGCAGCAGCAGAUGCUGUCCCUGGCCACGCUCUUCAGCCCACCCACAGACACCCCCUCUGCGCUCUCCGGGCGUGUUGUCUACGCCUGCGUCUCAGCCAUCGCCACGCUGAUCGUGGUCAUCUCCAUGGUCCUCACCCUCAAGGUGAACGCACUGAAGGAUGCCAGCGUGGGCUGGAUCGUGGCCCUGGUACUGCUCCUCGUGGCUCUGCUCAUUCCCAUCAUCAUCAUUUGGAGGCAGCCACAGAGCAACGCGCGGCUGAACUUCAAAGUACCUUUCCUCCCGCUCCUGCCGGUCCUCAGCAUUUUCGUUAACAUCCUGCUGAUGGUGCAGCUGAGUGCUGGCACCUGGGUACGGUUUGCCGUCUGGAUGGCUGUGGGUUUUAUGAUUUACUUUGCCUAUGGGAUCCGGAACAGUGUGGAAGGGAGAACGGCGGAGGAGCUCUGUGGCCCAGCAGGAAAGCCUCCACACCACCCUGGACUGCACCUUAGCCCUGCAGCUGCUGCACUCUGAGGCACUUGGCAGUGGCACUCUGUGGACCUCUGCCAGUAUCCCCCCCAGGUACCAGGCCACGAUCUGCAGGGUCCCUUUGUCCCCCCUGGCACAGGGAGUGAGUGCCAGGGUCAGGACUGCAGGGCUGGGCUGUGCAUUGCCUCUGCCCCUGGCAGAGCAGAGGUGGCAGAGAUGAGUCCCUGGGCUGGGUGGGAGCCCCGGUCUCUGCCACCCCGCAGCUCUGCUGAGGGGCAGUGGCACUGGCACAGCCCUGCCACCGUGCCAGCUGCUGUCAGAGAUGCUGCUUCCCCUGUGCAGGGGAGGCUUCAUGUGGGGAUGCAGCUGUGCCCACCGUGUCUGUCUGUGUGGCAGUGGUCACCACCUCCCCUUUUUGCUUCCCCAGCACUGGGGGCAGCCAUGGCUGGAGCCAUGGGACAAGGUUUGAGGCAUCUUCUGGUACUACUAGUGUCCUGGUACUGCCUGGCAGGAGGGGUUCAAGCAGCCAACACCCCCUCUGUGCCCAGGGUUUACUCCUGGCUGAGCCCUGUGCUAUCUCAGCCAUGCUGCUUGGUGUGAGCAUCGAGCUCAGGUGCCUGUGACUGUGCCCACAGUGCAGCUGUGCCAGUGUCCAUGUCCAGCCUGUGCAUAAUUGGUGUUUUCCUGCCUUUGUAGAAUUCCUGGUGUCUGUGUGGUCACUUUUAUACCUAUGAACUA